UCGCAUGGGUUUACCACCUCGUUCCCCUCGGUGAGUCACCAGCUGUUCGAGCAAGCUCGGAGACUCUUCGGUAACAAACGAACCGCUCCGACCUAACGAGAUUAUUACUCUUUCUUCCGUUUACGUUCAAGUCGGUGUUUGCCUCUAUUCGUGUUAUGGUGUCGUGUGUCGAAACGUGCUCCGAUAUUGUUCGCGAUUCGUGUUUUUACGUGGAUUUAUUUUAAAUUUAAUAAUUAAUUAAUUGCGGUAGUGAAUAUUGUUUUAUGUGUCGCUAAUAUCGUUUUAAAAAUAAUAAUUCGCGAUGUUGGUUAUGGAAAAUGGAUACCAUCGGCGAGGACCUUCGUCUACAGCAUCUCCGUCCAUUCUAGACUCACCUACGCUGGCUCGAGUGGAAAGAGCUCGACUCAGACAUGAGCAAGAAGAACAAAAUGGAAAUAAUUCUCCUCUGCAGUACACCUUAUCAUCUUAUUGUCCGUCGUUGAUAUCGAUGGAUCCUGGACGUGAGAUACACGCUUUGAAGAAAGGACUUUUAUGGCAACAAAGGGAACGACUAUUUUCCAGAUGGAAGGAACGGUACUUUAUACUCACCAGGGACUAUUUGCACUGUUUCAAGAGAUCGUCGAGCAGCGAACGAAUUUCCAACAUGGGACAGUUUAUUUUUAAGGUCAAAUUAGUCGAAGUGGAAAAAGUCGAAUGGGUGAACAAGAAAAGCUACAGCACGGUUGCUCUGGUGCUUCAAGAUCGAGAUUACCGUAUACUCCUUAGAACAAACGAAGGCCUAGAGGACUGGUUCGAAUUAUUAGAAGAAUGUACCGUGACCAGCAAAGAGAGGAGAAAAGCUUUGCAUAAGUUUGGAAAUCACGAUACACUCUGGUCCAAUACGAUCGAAUCGUCCACCAAGUCUAAUUUUAAUAGUAAUAAUAUCGAUAAUUGGCUUUUGUCGAGAACUAACCCAGUUGCUCUCGAUCAAUCCAGUUUAUCUGACUCCGUUCCUGAUCUCCAGCAUCCCGAGCAACGUUAUAGAGACGCUGAACACUUAUGGAGGAAAAAGUCACCUAUUUCAUACCAACAAAGGUUAUCAUUGCUGACCGAUAUCGAUAUUAAUAACUGUGAUAGUUCGAUCGGAACGCCGUCAAUUCAGUCCACACUAAGAGGUAGUCCAUAUCAAUUCAAUAGCGAUAUUUUCUUUGUAUCAGGAACCGGUGAUAAAAGGUAUAGCAAUUCGGCAUGCUACAAUAGGUCAAUUUUCAACGCCGUAGGAUCGUUUAGAAAUUCAAAUAUGCUAUCGCCGACGCGAUUCGCUCAAGAUAGAUUCUCAAAUGCAGGCUCGCCUUUGUCGAUCAAAUACCGGGAUCGAUCUCAUAGCGACGCUUAUACCUGUAAAACGAGGAAUAAUACAUCGAAUGCGGCCAAUCGUUGCAGUUAUAUUUCUCAACAACCCGCAAACGUGUAGAAUUUUUAAUUAUGUCGAUGAUUAUUAUUUUGUAAUAUUAUUUAAGCGGUGUGUUUUUUCCUUUUUAUUUUAUUUUUCUUGUUUUAUACUGAAAACUUGUCGGAUCGUUGUAAUUCCCUCUUCUCCCUUUUCCUUCGCAAUGUGUAUUAAUGCGUUUUUAUUCGUAAAUUAGUAAUUUAGAUGAAACUUUCCUUUUCUUUUAUUUGUGUCGUCUGUUGUCGCGGUAUAAUUGUUAUUUUUUUUUCAUUUUUCACUUUUCAUUUUGAAAAUUAUUUAUUUUUGUAUUUUCGAUGAUUUUACGACAUGACGUGUGUAUGUCAUUUAUAUUCUUAGAGAUGUGAUUUGUUGUAAACGGAUGUUAAUUUUGUAGGGGUAAAUUCUUUGACGUGUGGAUAAAAAUUCGCCUAGGUUUUUAAGUUGUUGUAUUGUUUAAAUACCAAAUACUAUUGUGAUUUUCGUUUGUUUUUCUUUUCUUUUUUUUCCAAAUUCCCAAUUUUACUCGUACUAGUCAUUGGGAAAUCGCUUGUAUUUGUCUUGCAGACACAAUAAAGUUUUGUGCCCUUCUUCUCUUUA